ACGUGGUUUCAUAUUAUUUGUAUUUAGAAAUUUUAGAAUUAGAAAUAUUUAUUUCGAUACAUAAUGCAUUGUAAAUUGCAAAACAUAAUUAACGCUACAUAUUUAUCAUUGAAAAUAUUUGUAUACGAGAGCAAUCAUGUUGUUACUAGGUAGUCCCACUGACGUAGAAACGAUGAAGUGUUGUAACCAGAACCAUCUCCAACCAAAAAUGAUUUUAGACAAGUGUAAAACAGUUUUAAUAAUGUCUAGUGUCGUGUGUACAUUAGCUGUAGUUAUAUCUUUCCAUAAAUUAUUAUAUUAUGAAGGUAAAUAUAUUAGACCAUUCUCUCCCAUACCAAUGGGGUUACAUGGGAACCAUUUAGAAACAUUUGAAAGUGUGCCGAUACAUGCACCAAAGAAGCAGGAUGAAGCCCGAGAUUCUGAAGCUGUUGCCUCUCUCAGCGCCGCGUUAGAAAUGAAAAGGAAUGGUAAGGCAGAUAAGGCAAUGAAACUCUUCCAACAUGCUUUUGCACUGUCCCCAAAACAUGCUGACAUAUUGAACCACUACGGGGAGUUUCUAGAAGAAACAAAAAAGGAUGUUGUUAAGGCAGACCAACUCUACACAUUAGCAUUAACAAAUUUUCCAGACCACACCGGAGCGUUAAUGAACAGGCAGCGAACGGCAAGUAUUGUUGAGAAUUUAGACAGGGAGAUGUUGAGGAAGAUUGAUGAUAAACGAGACGCUUUACUCUCUAUACCGGAAAAUAAUUCGGCGUUACGUAGGGCAAAGAAAGAGGCAUACUUCCAGCAUAUUUACCAUACCGUGGGUAUAGAAGGUAAUACAAUGACAUUGCAGCAAACGAGAAGUAUUUUAGAGACUCGGAUAGCAGUUUCCGGAAAGAGUAUUGAUGAACAUAAUGAAAUUCUUGGCUUAGAUGCAGCCAUGAAGUAUAUAAAUUCGACGUUACUGUAUAGAUUACGAGAUAUCACUAUGGGGGAUAUAUUGGAGAUUCACAAACGGGUGCUGGGUCAUGUAGAUCCUGUGGAGGGUGGACAGUUCAGGAGGACGCAGGUGUAUGUUGGCGGUCACAUACCACCUGGUCCAACAGAAAUACAAAAGUUGAUGGCUCAGUUUUUGGAAUGGCUGAAUUCCGAAGAUGCUAUAGAUCUUCAUCCAGUAAGAUACGCAGCCUUAGCUCACUACAAAUUGGUCCACAUACAUCCGUUCAUAGAUGGCAAUGGGCGCACCUCCAGGCUGCUCAUGAACCUGCUACUGAUGCAGGCGGGGUACCCUCCAGUGAUCAUAGCAAAGCAGCAUCGACAUCUGUACUACCAGCACUUGCAGACAGCCAAUGAGGGUGACGUCCGACCUUUUGUCAGGUUUAUAGCACAAUGCACUGAGCGCACACUGAACCUGUAUCUAUGGGCAACUAGCGAGUAUUCACACAUGGUGCCUGCGAUCGGGGAGCCCCAUAUACUCACAGGUGGAGAAUUCGAAGAUGACCUACUAUGACCUUAAAAAUUGUUUCCAAUUUAAAGUUGCUUUCAUACGAAACCCCAUACAUGCCUAACAUGUGUGUAAAACCACAUGGCUGCAUCAUAAAUAAUACAAAC